AUCAGUUGAUGACCCAUUUUCUCUCAUAAACCCUACUACACAAGGCAAUUCAAAAUCAACAUCAAACCUUCUAGAAGACUCUGCACUAAUAAACUUCGAUUCCAUUCCGCCUACGCGCAUUGCUCCACAUGCUCCUCCGAGAACAAUACCUCCACCAUUACCACCUCGUCCACGAAAUGAAACAGAAUGAUUUCUUUUUUUUUAAUUUUAACCAUGACAACUGAUUUCCUGAAUGAAUACUUGUGACUUAUUUAUCAGCUAUAGCAUUUAACUUACUGAGUUCCUCAAACAUACUUUAUUUAUUAUAACAUUCCAAUACUUUAUCGAUUUAUCUAUUUACACGUAUCGGAUCAUAACAACCAC